AUGCCAGGGGAUGGCUGCUGCCAGGCACAGCACCAUGGCCUGUCCCGCGUCACUCGGAUCCCGCAGAACGGGGCGUGCCGGAGCGGGGGACGGGCUCGGCACAGGUGGAAGCCGCCGGGACAUCCUCGGGACAUCGCUGGGACAUCCACGGGACAUGGUGGGGACAUCACCGGGACAUCCAUGGGACAUGGUGGGGACAUCGCCGGGAGCCACGUCCCACCAGCGCCCCCCGCAGGCCGGCGGGAGCGCUGCCGCCUCGUUCCCUUCUUCCUGCGCUGGGCACGGGGAGCCACUCCAGGUGCUCCGAGAAACGGGAAUUCUAUGGGCCGGGGGCGAGCUCCCAUUGGCUGCCGGGUUGCCGCUGACUCCGCCCCCUCCCGGCCCUCGCCUGGGGUUUGUUUACAACGGCCGCGCUCAUUAACCCGCCCCCAGGAGCUCUCAUUGGCUGAGGGGAGCGGACCUCCCGAGCCUAUUGGCUGGCAGCGGGGGUGGUGGCCCGUCAGCUCCGAGGUUGUCGCUCAUUGGCUCGUGGAGGGGCGGUCAGCGCUGCACCCAUUGGUGAGGCACGGCGAGGCUCCGCCCCUCCCGGCGCGGUGCGCGGCGAGUACGGGUGGGCCCGGCAGUGUGUGCCGGCACGGCACGGCGCGGGGUUCGGUGUGCGGGUCUUCAGCUGUCCGGGGAGCGAUGGCGCGGCCGCUGCUGCUCCUGUGCGCCGCAUCCGCGCUGCUGCUGGCCGCCUUGGCGACCAUCCCGCCGCCCGAGGAGGCGGCUCGCAUGGCGCGCUACGUCCUGCACAGCUGCGACUGGGGCGCGCUGGCCACGCUGUCGGCGCAGGAGGGGCUGCGCGGCCGCCCCUUCGCCAACAUCUUCUCCCUCAGCGACGGCCCGCCCGGACCCUGCGGCGGCAGCGGCGUCCCCUACCUAUACCUGACCGACAUGGAGAUCUCCGUGCAGGACCUGGAGGUCAAUUCAAAUGCCUCCUUGACUGUGUCUUUGGCACAGACUCCUUACUGCAGGAAGCACAGAUAUGAUCCCCAGAACCCCCUCUGUGCCCACAUAAUCUUUGUUGGGAGCAUUGUAAAGGUGAAUGACUCAGAAGCAGGCUUAGCAAAAAAAGCAUUAUUCAGUCGCCACCCUGAAAUGGAAAGUUGGCCCAAGGAUCAUAAUUGGUUCUUUGCCAAAUUUAACAUCACCAAUAUUUGGGUCCUGGACUACUUUGGUGGAUUGAAAAUUGUGACACCAGAAGAGUACUACAGUGUCAAGCCUUAGUGGAAGAGGAUCCUUGGUGAUGCUGAUGUGGAAAUGAAUUACUUUGGCUGUUUCAUGAAAGAUUUAUUUUUUUCUAUGUAGUGUAGAGCUGAAUUAAUAAUACAAUAAAUCAAACACCUUGCAUUGUUAAUGAGUGUGUAUUACCCUUAUGGAGCAGAUUUAACUUCUCACUAGCUUGAAUCAUGUCACACUGAAAAACCUUUGUGUGUAAGCAAUAAAUUUUAUUCACUGGAUGUGAAUUUGGAAAGGUAUCUGACAGUGUGCAUUUAGAAGUGUUAUGUUUACUGGAAUCUUAACAAUUAGUCCAGUUCUAAAGCUUUCAGUGGCUUAGUUAAAUAAUAUUUUUGGAGCACUUUCCAAUAUUAUUUUAUUUUUGAUAUCAAUUUAGUUUAGAAUUUUACAGUGAUGUUCUACAGGGUGGCUCUGCUGAUGGAAUGGAAAACAUUGCCUGUAUUCCAGUGACAAGUGAGGUGCCGAGUUCCCAAAUCCUGUUAAGAGUUUCCUUUGCAUGCUGAUAAAUUUCACUUAUUUGAGCCAUUUUUCUGUUUCACUGAAUGUGCUUUAGAAUACAGUUGUGUUCAUGCCAGCUGUACCUGUGCCUCAGGAUAAGUUCUUGGUAAUUCUUCAGCUGAUUAUGUGCCCUGACUCUGUAAUAGAAGCAGAUGAGCAGUGUCUUAUAAAUUCAAUGAGGCUGUUGUGAAGGACGAAUGUUUUCUGAUUGAGAUUCUGAAAUUCUCAGCUUUGUUAGUCUGAUCAAAUGGCAAUUUAUCAGCUUUUAUUACCCUCAACAGAACUGAGCAGAUUUUGGGGUCUGGAAGACUUACACAGCAAUUUUGGAUUAGUAAUCAGAAGUGAAAAAGAAGCAAUACAGUAUGACACAAAUGAUUAAUGACUUGUAGAGAAUGAAAAUUAAUGGAAGGUGUGCUUAACUAAUUCUGUGUUAAAAUAAGGUGCCCCCAACCACAAAAACCAACUUUUUAACAUCCUCUCCAAACUGCUGUGUGGUAAGUUCACAAACGCUAAAAAGUGUUUAUGAACAAAUUAAUUGAUUUUUACAGUGAGUGAAUAUUAGCUAUUUGACCUAGAGUAAAGAAUUUAGACUCCUUAGAGGAGGUUGAUAUAUAGAACAGUGGGAUUUGUCAUAUAAAAUCCCUAUAUUUUAAUGUUGUUGUUAUAUCACUCCUUUUCACAAAUACUGGGAUCAUUUGUGAAAGUAUAUUUUAUUUAACUUAAGAGUUCUUCAUAAGGGAAAGGAAGGUACUUGGUGCUGUUCUACUGUUCUGUUCUACUAUUUUAAAACUAAUUUAGGAUCAGAAAAACUUUCAGUAUAGAAACAAUUUAUGUUGAAUAGGUAACACUGAUGUUUAAUGUAAAAUUGAAAAAUAUUUUUAUAUUAGGUAUGGCAGUUGUAAAAACUCAACUCAUGGGCUCAGUCCUUUCUGUGAGGAUACCUGAAUGCAUUACAUGUAACCCUGUAACAUAUGAUGUGUGAUGCUUUUGUUAAAAUUAAAAUAUUUUUUGACAA